AAGUCAGUGUUUUAUUGUCCACAUGUUCCACAAUUAGAAUGGGACGUGCACGACACCAUUUCUCCUUGGAUAUUUGCCGCUUUCGCAUCUAUAAUCUCACAGGCUGCAGUUCUUUUGAAUGCGUUAAUAAUCAUCGCAAUCAAGAAAAAGGGAGAACUGCAGAGACUCUCCAACAUCCUGUUGUCAAGUAUGGCCAUUACGGACCUUCUAGUAGGUGGUAUAUGUGCGCCGUUAUCUGCUAUAGAUGGACUAUUACUUUCCUAUCAAAUUCUUUCUCGUCAGCAUAUUUGCACCCUAUACGUGGCAACUGCCUGUUUUACAGUGACUUUGAUAUUUUGUUCAGUUGUCCAUCUGACAUUAAUUGCAUGGGAGAGGUACGUGGCCAUUCGAAGAUGGAGGGACUACAGAGUUAUUGUGACUAAAGACCGCUUAAAAAAGCUGGCAAACACAGCUUGGAUUUUAGGAACAGUUUUCAUUUUGAGCCCAAUCCUCAUUUCUGUAGCGUUCACCGGACAGACUAGCUUUCCAAUUCCAGCUGUUUCCACAUGUUGUAUGCUAGCACUCAUAGUAUAUUUUUACUUCAAGGUGUACCUUGAAAUUCGCAAACGAAAAUUCAAUCAAAUUUCUCAGGUCAGCGUGGAAGUGUCAAUGAAACUGGAAUACAGAGUGGCGAAGACUACUGCUUUGGUUACAGUAGCCCUGAUUCUUUCCUUCAUUCCUGCUGCUAUUCUGUCUUUAUUGGGAAGAUUUUUUCCCGUACUUCGUAAAAUGUCGUCAUGGUGCGUAGGGGAAACGCUAAUGCUUUCAAAUUCUUUGGUUAAUCCACUCAUUUACUGCUACAGAGACCGCCAUUUUAGGAAAGCUGUUUUUGAGAUUUUGAGGAUUAAAAAACCUGAAACAAAGAAUGAAGGGGGUAUAGUACGAUUCAUCGAACGAAAAGAUGUGCGUGGUUCACCGAAAGAAAGGGAGGCGAUUAUUCAAGAAGUAGAUAAAAACAUCAGUUUGAUAAGAUCAACGUCCUCGUAUGAUUUGACCUCAUAUCGAGCUCAUAUCGAACACAAUAGAACAUCGGUUAGGAGAACAAGGUCGGCUCCGUUGAUCCUUGUAGAUGGCAGUUCGUGCGUAGACUAA